UUUGACCCUUACAGCGUCCGCAGUUUUCCACCCUCAGCCAUACCAACGUGGAUCGCAGUUAGCACAAUCAACAGCAUCUCUGCCCUACUGUCAUUUUACAUCAAUCUGUUGGUGAUCUGGACGAUCUUUAAAAGAGAAAACCUCCGUUCUUUGAACUACAAUCUCUUGCUAGCCAUUCUCUCUCUGACAGAUUUGCUGGUAGGGCUUGUAGUUCAGCCACUUUUUGUCACUAACCAUUUGUGCAUUAUUGUGCAAUGCACACAACUUUGUAGUGUCCACUCGGCCUUUGUAGUUUCAUCUAUCAUGUGUAUUGGAUGGUCCUUUAGUACUUUGGUUAUUAUAUGCGUUGACCGAUAUCUUUACAUAGAGUAUCCAAUGUACUAUACCGCUGUCGUCACAACUAAAAAACUCAAAGUAGCGACGGCAAUUACUUGGCCAGUGAUUCUUGUCAUUAUAUUAUUUGGUCGAGUGAUAUUCAAAGACUCUGACAAAACGAGAGUUUUGCUAGAAGUUUUGAUCAUAGCUUUAGGCGUCGUUAUCAUCGUCUUCUGUCUUACAAAAGUAAGCCUUACAGCUCAUCGCCAGACAAGGACUAUCAGCAUCCAGCAAGCCACCUUUCAGCAGACAAACAACAGCGUCCUGGACAGGAUCAAAGAAGCCAAACGAACUUUCACUUUAGGAUCGAUAGUGUUAGCAUCGGCACUGCUGUACUGUCCGUUCGUAAUCAUCAACAUUAUUACUGGUAUAAAGGGACAGGGGGACAAUGCAGACUUCAAAUAUAUUUCAAGAUCUAUCGCGUUGACGUGCCUUCAUUUCCAGUCGCUACUCAAUCCAUUUAUCCUGUCACUUCGUCUUUCACCUAUACGUGAAGGAGUAACCACGAAAAUGCGAGCACAUCUUGCAUGGCUUGUUCCGUAAAUAAAACAAAAUCGAGGGUUUUUCCCCGGGUUCUCCGGUUUUCUUCCCUCGUUACAACUAAGAUAAAAGAAAAAUGUAUUUCAAAACAAUUUCUUAAUAAAAAAUCAAUUAUUUAUCCAA